AUGGAUGAAGAAAAAAUUAGAAAAUUAGCACAAGAGAAUGAAAAUAAAGGUAUUGUUUAUUUAGCAAGUAUUCCACCAAGAAUGAAACCAGCCAAAUUAAAACAACUUUUAGUAAAGCAUGGAAAAGUAAAUAGAAUGUAUUUAGUUCGUGCCAAUGUAGAUAGAAAGAAUCACAGAAAUGAUAUGUUUAAAGAGGGUUGGGUCGAAUUUAAUGAUAAAAAAACAGCACGUAAAACAGCAACUAUUUUAAACAAUCAAGCAAUGGGUGGAAAAUCAAGAGAUAUUCAUAAAGAUUGUCUUUGGAAUUUAAGAUAUUUACCAAAAUUCAAAUGGCAUCAUUUACAAGAUAAAUUAAUUUCACAAAGAAUGGAACGUGAUAAGAAACUUAAAUUGGAAAUCUCUCAAGUUCGUAAACAAAACAUGGCUCUCCUCGAACAAGUCGAAAAAUCAAAACAUAUCAAACAAAAACUCGCAUCCAAAAAUAAAGCUCCAAAAGAAAAAGUGGUUCGUACAUUUAAACAAAGAGAAAUUCAUGAAGAUAAAGCCGCUAAUCUUUCUUCAAAUGUUUUAAAUAAAAUGGUAACAAAUAAAAAACAAAAAAUAAAUAAUUAA